AUGGCCGCCACCCAGCAGCUGCCCAUGCAGUCGCGCACCGGCCGCGUCAAUCAGCGAUACGGCGCCCAGGGCGAACGACUCGUUGCCGGCGUAGUCCCCCUCUCUGCCGACAACCACUACGUCCUCCUGAUCCAAUCCACCAAACGCAACGGCUGGGUCCUCCCCAAAGGCGGGUGGGAGACGGACGAAGCAACCGCCCAAGACGCCGCCAAGCGCGAGGCCUGGGAAGAGGCUGGUAUAAUAUGCAAAAUCAGCUACGACCUCGGGCUCAUUGGAGAGAGGCGAAAGGCGGACCAGCUCACUACACAGGCCCCGAAGGCCUCGUACCACUUCUUCCAGGCCGUUGUCGAGAGGCAGGAAGCACAAUGGCCUGAGAUGCACAAGCGAUCAAGGCAGUGGUUCAACUACACCCAGGCUCGACAGGCGCUGGCAGAGAGACCAGAGCUGCUGGCUGCGCUGGAGAAGUGCACCAUGCAACGGUAG